UUAUGGCGCGCUUUGCGAUAUGUCGUUCGUCGUUCCAUCGUCUUGUCGAGUAAUCAAUAAUCAUCAAUGUUUAAUAUUUAUGUGUUAUGUUAAAGAAUGUUUAACGCUUGCGUAGCAUUAUUUUUACCCAUUAUAAUUGUCGCACCAAAUAUACCAACAAUGAAGCACAUAACUAACUUUGAUUAGACGUUCCAACCGAAACUGCGGUUUUAUACGUGCAAGAAUUAUGUGACUCCCAAGUAUCUCUUGACGAGAUGGAUCCUCAGAAAUCAUAAAAAUGAAGAAGUCUUACAUCGUAAGGCCUGAAAAAUCCUGUUGAAUCAUAAUCCCGAGAUUUCAUUUCGUUGAUAUGACAGUAACGUAACGCCGAAUAGUUUUCAGUUGUAAAUUUGAAUUGGCAACACCCUCAACAUGGAUAGCAGUGCAGAGAAAGGUGCCAAAGAUACCGUAGAAAAGUCGAGUUCAUUUGAUUAUGGCACACCAAGUCAGAACAACGUUUCAUUCUCAUUCAACCUAGAUCUGGAGAAUUUCAACGAAGAUUUUUAUUCUGAUUCUGACGGCGAAUUGGAAAUAGACGUAUCUGAGAUUGAUAAUUAUGAAAGACAAAACGAUCGAACGCGUAUAAGAGAGAUGGAUAAGGAUAUAUCUGUUUUCAACAAGAUGGAAGAAGAGAUCGAAAGGCAGCUAGACGCCAAAGCAGCUCGAACAAAUUUGACAGCAACAAAUGUUAAGAACAUAUUGAAACACGUUAUCACCAACGAACACGUCAUGGCAAUGGUCAAACGGAAGGCCUACAACUUAGAAGAUGAUCUGAUUUUUGAGCCAAAACUCACUAGAGCUAAAGCCAAAGAGUUGGCUAUGUCGCAGCCCAACAUUCCUUGGCCGAUAACGCCGAUCAAGAAACUAAAGGGCUCCGAAGUGCAAGUGCUGAUAGAGCAGGAGCUCCCUGAAGAUUCAUCCGACGAGGAAUAUCACCCUGGGCAAGAUGAGCCAAGCGACGACGAAAGGGAAACGGAAGGGAGUUCUGUUUCAAGUGAUGUUGACUCGCAGCCUGCGACUCCGGCUCCUCCUGCUAAUCAACAACCUGUGGUUGAAGAACCGCAGCUGAAAAUUGUUAACGUUCGAUAUGAUGAAGCUGGAGUUUUCAAAAUUCCAGAAGCCCGGCCACCCGCAACCAGUGAGAGUGAAAAUAUCGGACAAAGAACACGUUCGAAAUUAUGUCUGAGUGAGACGCCUUUGGAACAGAUUGAACAAGCCUUCGUGCCCCCCGAUAUAACGACCGAUAUGUAUGACUGGGACUGGGAUGUUGACGAGGAUUGGAAUAACUUUUUAAAGGAAUUCACACAACCAUUGACUCAGGAAAUUAUCGGAGAAGAUGACCCAGAGGCUGAUCCAGAAUACAACAUAUUAGAAGACGAGGACGGUGAUUUGCUUGAUAAGGAAGAACUGCGAAUGGACAAGGCAGUCAAAGUUACUCGGAAGGAGCUCAACAAUCUUGUUGCAGAAUUAUUUGAGUUUGCCGACAUGUUCUCAAAAGAAGAUCAAGAUGUAACGAAAAAGAAAAGGUCUUCCGAUACUAUGAACUCCAUAACUGAAAAUACGUCUAUCAAUGGAUCAGUCAUAGAAUUGCUCCCUGUUCUUGCCGAAUCAAACUUACCAAAAUUGGUAAGUACCGAGCAACGAGUCUUAUUACAUGUUCAACUUUGUCAACAUAUUCAACUCGUGGCACAGCAUUUUGCUCUAACUUAUAUGCACCCCGAGUUACACAGCCAAGCGAAAAUGUGCAAAGACAAUCUGAACAGCUUGCGAUAUUUGAGUAAUGGCGAGAAUUCUGCAUUCAAUGCCAUUAAUCUGCCAGAUGCUUUAGAGUUAGUUUCUGAUCUGGAAACACAAUUCAAGGAUCCAAAAUCGCGCCAAAACUAUAUCGAGUUUUUAAACCAAGAAAUCGAACUCGGAAAAGCCCGUUUAAAGCAAAAGAUGAGGUAUAUCCCUAAGUAUUAUCCAGCAAUAAAAAACCUACUUCUAAAAGGCAAAGCCUUGAUUUACCCGCAACUUUUGCCUGAGAUUCCGUUUGGACAUUGUCCAAAGAGGGUUAAAAUGAACACAUAUUUAAAGUCUGAGGACCAACUGAUCGUUUUGGGACUUGAACAAUUCAUUCCGUUUGUAAGUCUAAAGCAAACGAAAUUCAAAAACGAAAAAAUGAAACUGUUCGACACAGCCCAAUUAAUCAGCCAGUACCUUGUUCCUAAUAAAGACCCAUCUACCCUUUUCAAACACAUCAACAAAUGCCGUACAAAUCAGACAAAAAAUCCAAUUCAGGAAUGGUACAAGACUGAAAAAGUCCCCAAUGUGAUACAUUGCAUUAUUCCAGUGAGCAAAAACGACCUUAAAGCACCUCUAGAACAACCAUUUAACAGGUUGUCUGUACAGUGGCAAAGAAUGUUCACUGAUAUCAAAAACCCAAGUAACGAACAGACCCAAAUCAGGUUGAAAAGAAUAUACAAAGAUCUGUUGAAGCCAUCACAACUCGAUACCAACUGUAAUUCUAAGGCUGAAUCAAUACCCUUGAAGCGCAGGAUAAACCACAAUUUAUUAAACCCUACAGUAAACAUGUUGCCCGCUAUGCCAUUUCUAAAUACUCCAAUUAAAAACACUGGAGAUAGUGAUAAAUCGAAAGACAGUAUUAAAACUCCAGAUGAGAAUCUGAAAAAAUGGUGUAUAAAUUCUGGAAGUCAGGAAUUGCCAAACAUAGAGUUGUUUGAUAGUCCCUCAAGCUCUGUCCAGAGCCAAGUAACCGAAACUGUGAAAGAUAUUGGGUUCGAUAUGAGUGUCAAAUCUGCUUGUCAUGUCGAAAAUAUUUGCACCGAUACAAAUUUCAGUGCCUGCAAACAGUCUGAGAAUAUAUCAUCUGAAAUUGGUCCAAGUUUGGAGUCAAAUUUAAAUAUGGAUGCUUUGAAAGAAAUGGAGAAAAUUCACGAAUCCGAAGACUUAACUGUGAAAGAACAAGUGUCCCCAAAUUUACAGGCGAUAUCUAGUGAUUCUCGUAAUCAUCUAGAAGAAACCAAGGAACAAGUAAACUUACCGGCAACUACAGAUAAACCGCAACUGCGAACGACAACUCCGCGUCUUGCUAAAAUUCGAAGUGCUCAAAAUAUGAAAAUGAUGGCUCAAAUUUUAGGAAAUAAAAGUCCUGCUCUAAGCACAGCAGGUGUCAAACCGCGAGGGAAGAAAGGUGGACCUAAGAAUUCAGAAGAGCCAUCAACUUCAAAUAAUGGGGACAAUGAAGAUGAGAUAGCAGAACUGAUGCUAGCUAGUACGACUAUAAAAAAAGAUCAAAAAAGAGCCAAACAGGCCCGUGAGUUGGAAAACAUCAAGCGAUUAGUAGAGGCUGAAAAUAAUUUGAGUCAAGAAGAGAGAGCAACAAAGUUUGCAGUUUCAUUUCUUCACAAGUUGCAUAAAGCAUUAGAUCCAAGUUCGGAAGUCUUUAAAGCCAUAAUAAAGUUAUUUCUAGACUAUAACGAGCAGAUUGAUACAUUGAACGGACCAGAAAAUGAGGGUUCCUGCCAUUCCAAACAAACAAGAGAUGAGAGAUCCUUGUGCGCCGUUAUUGCUCCAUUAGGCAAUGAGCGGCCAUCGAAUUCUCAAUGCAUCAUUGAAGGUGACCAUUUCAAUUCAACGAGUCAAGUUUCCAAGGAUUUGCUUACGAUAGAUCUUUACAAAGACGUUUGUGAAAAGUUGGUAGAUUAUCCAGAACUCAAUUCGGAUUUCCUGCUAUUUUUAAAACCCCAUCAGGCUGCUAUGAUUGGCAAAUCAGUUGAACAUACAAUGCUACAAAAAAUGAACGAUUUUGUAGACAUAGCACAAAUUUAUUUCGCAAAACAGCCGUCGAAGCUCUCAAAAGUUAUGCAAGCCAUAACUCAAUUGGCCACAGACACCGAUGUCAGUUUAGAAACCGUGAACGAUGUUAUGGAAAACCUUUUAAAAGGGCAUCCCCUUGUUAUGGAUACGUUUUUACAAGUACUACCGAAUGGAAAACCUCCCGAAAGCUUAUUUGCACAGCACAUGUUCGAAAAUCUGACCUGCCCCCCUGGUCCUCACGAUAAAACAAAAACUUAUGCAGAAGAUGCACCUGAACUUUACGAGAAUAUUGAAAUUCCCGUCUCCAACUCACAUGAGGAUCCUUAUGGAGGUGAUAACUGCAAGUGUGAGUGUCACAAUCUAGAUGGUCAUAAUCUGAAGAGUAGGAGCGAACAUUGUGUGUCUUGCGGCACCAGAUUUCUGAAUGGAAGGAUAUAUCUUCAGACGACCGAAGGUUUAAGACCAGCCAGAAUAACAUUUCCCGGAGGAGAUGAUGAAAAACAAGAACACAUCAUACGAGUAUCCUUAAAAACUACCGAAAAAUUUGUGCCAGCAACACCGAAAAGACGGCGAAAAUCAUCUAAAAACUCUCCUGACCAAACGGAUGCAAAAGCAAACAAAAAUUCUCCAAUUAAAGAUAGUGAAGAAAUGGAUAAGUCAUCUCUUAAGUCAAAGCGAAUGAACAAAAUUUCAAUGAAGUCUAGAGAGCAAAAGAAAUCUCCUAAAAUUACCGAAAUCAGCUCAAGACUUAGUAGUAACAAUAAUCCGAUUGAGAAAAAAGAAUCUAUGUCACCAAUUAAAACUAAGAGGGAAGAAAGGGCAGAAAAAAGAGAAGCUCAGGAUAUUUCAAGAUCAAAACGAACCAAAGUCGCCUAUAAGAACACAGUCAAAUCAAGUAAAAUACUGGAUUCGGAGAAUACGGAUAAUGCAACGCAAUCACAGACUGACGAUACUAGCCAAGACGAAAAUUCAAUACCGGAUUGUGGCAAGGUUCACGAUAUUGAAGAAGAAAGUAAAAUGAGUACAAACGAAUAUGAGACUGAGGAAACUGUGAGGCUUGAGAAGAUGGAAGUUUCAAGCGAUUCAGGCAGUGAGCCUGAACAUGAAAUACGGAACGCUGUUGAUAUUAGGCCAUGGACAAGACAAGAAGAUGCAAUUUUACUAGAAUGUAUCAAGAAGGAAUAUUCAGAAAACACUUUUUUAACAAUCAGUGAGACUCUGGGAGAUCGAACUGUUCAACAGGUUAAAGAACGGUUCGAGAUUCUUCUUUCAUUAUUAGAGAAAAUGGCCUGACGC